CAUGUCGAACGGCCGACCUUGCAUUCGAAAACAGAAACACUAUUUGAAGCAGGAAUCCCUCGACUCAUCUCGCUACCAACUCACUUACAACCUCCAACUAAAAGUACGGUCAACAUACAGCCCGCCAUGCCCGCACCUAAUGAAGAAAUCCGGUCACCAGGCCACCACAUUGAGCUGGUCGAUGACAAUCCGUCACCUCGACACGAUGGCGAAGCCAGCCCGAGCCUUAGGGACAGCAAGGGCUGGGAUGGGAAGUUGCGUGUGCCCAAGAGCGCCAUUCUGGCAAAUCCGGAGGCACUCUCGGAUCCGGAGUACUCGGACGAUGACAACGUCAUACCCGGCGAGGAGGUUGCUGCAGACGAAGACCUGCUCGACGGUGAAGACUCAGACACAGACGAGAUCAUCUGCACACACUCCCGGAUCAAGUCGAUUCCCGGCCUCCGAUUAGAGCGCUUCAAACAGUUAGCCCGCAUCUGCCUGCGCCAGAACCUGAUCCAAGACAUCGAGGGUCUCUCCGGCCUGGCCCCUACCCUUCGCGAUCUCGACCUCUACGACAACCUCAUCUCGCACGUCCGCGGCCUGGACGAUCUCGUCAACCUCACCUCUCUCGACCUCUCGUUCAACAAGAUCAAGCACAUCAAACACAUCUCCCACCUAACCAACCUCGCCGACCUCUACUUCGUCGCUAAUAAGAUCUCCAAGAUCGAGGGCCUCUCCGGGCUGACCAAGCUGCGCAACCUGGAGCUCGGUUCCAACCGGAUCCGCAAGCUCGAGAAUCUCGCCUCUCUCACCGCGCUCGAGGAGCUCUGGGUCGCCAAGAACAAAAUCACCUCCCUUUCGGGCCUGUCCGGCCUCCCGAACCUGCGCCUCCUAUCGAUCCAAUCCAACCGCAUCCGCGACCUUUCCCCGCUGCGCGACGUGCCCCAGCUCGAAGAGCUCUACAUCUCGCACAACGCGCUGGAAUCCCUCUCCGGUCUCGAGCACAACACGCGCCUGCGCGUCCUGGAGGUCUCCAACAACCAAAUUUCCUCUCUCAAAGGGCUCGGCCCGCUGGCGGACCUCGAGGAGUUCUGGGCGAGCUACAACCAGAUCGGCGAUUUUGCCGAGGUGGAGCGCGAGCUGGGCGACAAGCGCGCGCUGACGACGGUGUACUUCGAGGGCAACCCGCUGCAGCUGCGCGGGCCGGCCUUGUAUAGGAAUAAAAUCCGGUUGGCGUUGCCGCAGGUGCAGCAGAUUGAUGCGACAUUUGUACGAGCUCCAUGAAUCUACCAGUUCAAGCACAGGGCAGACGGGUCGAUAGUUUCACAACGGUCCGAAACAUGAUCACUUUGUUAGAGUAAAAUAGCAUUCG